CAACAGUUGCCAUUUUACUUUGGCAAAGGCUUGACUGGAAUUGUAACAGUAAAAGCAUUAUUACCAAGGAGGCGGCGUUAUUAUAGUUUCCGUUAAUUGCUGUGCGAAGACAGAGGCUCUGCUCGCAUCUGAUCGGACUUAUCGGCGCUACUGAGUGGUGCAGAAGAGUAGCUGUUGGCACAAAAAGAACAAGGUAUCCACACAAACUAUGACGUCUGGGGGAAAGGACAGCAAGCCAGGGUGGCUUUACUACUAACCUUAGCUACUCGCCGGGCUGAUCUCAGACGUGAGUAUCACCAAUGCUGCAUAACAGAUAUUAUAUGCCAUGAAUUGUAAAGAACCCACAGAGAAGGUUGUCCUGUCGUGGUCACGAUUCACCUCAGCUGGCCAGACUACACUUCUGGAAACCCUGAAGGCAUUCAGUCCUAUGUCAGAAGACCUUUUUGGCACAGAGAAGGAACUGGCCACUUUUAUUGAGGGACUCCGACAUGAAGGUCACAAGCCUACUAUACUUAAAAGCAAAGAUGUAUAUGGUUACAGAUCUUGUACUGCAGUUCUCAGGCCUGUAGUGAAAACACAAUGCACACUGGACAUUGCUGCCUCAAAGGUUCAAAAGACUGGCAAAAAGAAGGGUAAAAAAAACCUGGGAAAAAACACUGAAAUCAACUAUGCUUUGUUAAGUGCAGCGGCAAAAGUUGUCCUUAAGAAUCAACCCAAGAUCCUUUUGACAAAUCUGUCAAAGGAGUGUCUCAAACAGACUGUCAUCUCCAAACAGGCAGUUUUGGAAGUUGAACCUGUGCAGGUGCAGUCUUACAUAAGACUGACAAACUUCAUUGGACCCUCUACAGGCCACACAGCAAGACUGCAGUUCCACACGGGUGUGUGGUCAAGAGACUCUCAUCGGUCACCGUCUCUAACAGGGACACAAGCACCACCUUUGGAAGGAACUGGAAACUCUGCAAGAUCAGUCACUUUGAGGACAGUAAACUUUGUGCCCCAUCCAGUCAAUAUCAUAGAAGUUCCUAUGCCUGCCAUUCUGAAAAACAACCGGGUUUUAAAGGAAUGCAACGGAAUGCCUUGCUGGAGGAACCAGAAAAGAAAAAAGACUGAAGAAGUCGAGGACAAACUCUGUGUCAAGAAGCACAGAAACGGGGUCUGGCUGGUCAAAGAGCAGGAUGACCUCAGACAGAGACAGAACAACCUGAGGUUCAAGGUGAUUAAGGUUGAUGACUCAAUCACAGAUGAGGAGGUGAGGAGGAAAGCCCAGAAGAUCCUGCGAGUCAACUUGUCACCAGUCAUAGAGAUUCAACCACUUAUUGCCUAUCCAAUGUGAAUGGCCACCCAUCUUUACGUCCCUUUGUCCUCCAUGUAGCAGUACAUUUCAGUUUGUUUUUAUUUUCGAGACAGCGCUUUGUCAUAGCGCUGGUUAGUUUGGGAUGAUUGGGAUUGCUUGAUUGCAUUUUGGACUAGAAAAAUAAUAUUUCGGAAAUGGUGAUGCAUUUUCAAAACAUUGAAAAAUAUGGUUUACCUUUUGUCUAACACUGCUCAAAGUACAGGACACACUUUGCCGGAUAAUGGAAGGAGUGGAGAAGUGAAACCCCAGACCAAGUCUUGUAUUACCAUCAUACAAAUGGAACAUAGUCAUUUUGUUCCGUUUUCCAUUUUAUAACACUCAAAAUAAACGAUUGUAUGUUGACCUUGGUUUUGUCAAUGAAAGGUUUAUAAUAGAAAUGUAAUACUGUAAUAUGUUGGUUGCAUAAGUAUUCAAUCCCCACACUUAAAUAUUUGAUAGAGCCGCCUUUCUUUGCUGUAAGUUUUACGUACCAGUUUUAUAUAUACUUGACGUGGUUUUUGCCCAUUUUAUGGCAGUUUUACUCAAGGUUGUUCAGGUUGGUUGGAUGAGGAUGAUUGUUGACCUCAGUUUUCAUGUCUUUUUACUAUAUUAGGGGCAUAUGAAGAGGUAAUUGGUGGUAAUAUUGCAAUGUUUUACCACACAAGUAAAUUUGUUUAAAAAGCUGCAAAUAGUAUAAAUAUUUAUUUAUUCUAGUCUCAGUAUAGACAAUACACUAUAGACACAUUUUAAACAUUCAAUGUUUUAGUAUUAUAAAUAUAUUUGUUCAUAUGUAAGAUAUUUGGAAAAUUUAUCUUCCUUUUACGCUACUUCCUGUGUGAGCUAUUAGACCUGAACUAAGUCAGUUGAAGAAAAUUCACGAUUUGUUAAAGAGUCAUAAAGAGCAUCAUGUUUUUGUCUUUGUUUAGUUCAGUGUGUGGGAUCAUUAGCACAUUUUCACAAUUCAAGGAUGAUAAACCCUUCAGUCAUAUUACAAGUAAUUUUUUCAUGUUAUUAUAACUUUUCAUGGUAACGUUUUGGUUUUGUUCAGCUAGGUUUUAUUUCCAACUAGUUUUACAUCCAACGGAGAGGCCCAAAAUUUAUUUACAGGAGAUUCCAAUUUUAGUGGCUGGGAGUGAAGUCAAGAGUUGUGGGUAAAGCUUCCUGGUAUUGGAGGGUAGCUGUACUCCAAAAAUAGUAUCUGACAGCAUGACUGACCAAGCCACAUUUUGAGAAAAAUAUUUUGUAGUCAAAUGAGACCAAGAUGCUUGGUAUAUGUUGAGUUUUGGCUAAAACUCAACAUCCUAGUUUGACGCAAACCUAACACUGCCCAUGAAUCAACACACCAUGCCUACUGCGAAGUAAGGUAGUGGCAGCAUCAUGCUGUGGGUAUGGAUCUCAUCAACAAGGACUGGGCAUCCAAAUGGAUGGAGCAAAAUACAGAGAAAUACUGCAUGGCAAGGAUCCCAAUCACAAGGACAAAGUAAUGUUGGUAGUAGAUCAGAACAAAAAGUUUACUAUCCUAAAGUGUCCCAAGAACUGAACUUAAUCCCUUUAAGUGCAUGUGCAUGUGCUUUUUUCAAACAACUCGGAGCAAAUCUACCAAAAAUAAUAGUAAAAUAUCAUUCAACUUUGUGCAAAGCUGGGACAUACUUCUCAAAAGACAAAGCUGAUAUUGUUAGUGUGGCGAUUGAACACUUAUGCAAGCAACAAUUUCCCAACAUAAAACCAAUGUCACAUUCCAAAAAUAUAUUUUUAGUGUCAGUGUUUUGAAAUAAAAGUUCAAACAGAGUGAAAUGUCUAUACCAUUUGUAAUUCAAUGAAAUGGGAGAAUUGGUCUGGGGUUGGAAUACCUUUGCAAAGCACUGUAUGUCCCCAUAUCAGUUGUAGCUACAUUAUAGUUUUCUUUGACAUUUGUGUGAUCUGUUCUGGACCUCUGUGGAAGGUCAUCCUUGUAACUGUUUUUAAAUGAUACAAACAUCUUUGACAAUGAAGCCAAGUCAUGUAUAACUAUGCAGCAUUCACUUGCUAGAUAUUUUAUAUCUAUUUAGUCAUGUUAUUUUUAUUAUAUGUUAGAUAAUUGAGGCUAUUGAAAUGGUCUGAUUUUCUGGUAUCUGUUAAAGGUUGUUAUUUUUUCUUUUGGGAUUGUCUUUUUCAUGGCCUUUAUUCCCAUUUGUACAAAGUUGCAGGAAUUUGAUUCCAUUUCUGUACAUUAAUUUGUAUAACAAACUUCAAUGGCCUUAUUUAAAAGUUUUCAGUAUUGUUUUUAAAGUGAUUGGAGGUAACACUCCAGCCUAUAUUGUAUUAUCAGACAUUUACAAUUAUUCCUAAAGCAUUUUGUAACUGACAUUUAUAUUUAGGCCUUUGUUUGUUUUUGUUUUAGAGAGAAACAAAACCACUUGGUUUAUUUUAUUCAAGAAUCUAAAAAUGGGAGCGAACCUGUCAUUGGUCUUUUUAUUCCCAAUCAAAUGACAAAAUACAGCAUUUUCUGCAUUGAGGUACAUUUCUUUGCUUUACUUUUGAUAUGCCAAAUCAUUUGGUGCAUCUCAUUCUGCACUCCAGUAUUCAAACUGAACAAGUUUGUCUUAACCAAUAGGUUCCAAAUAGUCAAUCAUACACUCUUUUCCUCUAUCAACAUGUCUCUGAAACACUAGGUAAGAGGCAGCCAGAAACUGGCAUCCUGUUGCAUAUAUUUUAUUUUCAAUGUAUCUAAAUUUAUAUCUAUUUAAAAACUGCCUGUUUUUGAUUUCCUUUUUUUGUAUUAAGUUCACUUAUAUUCUUCUUUAUCAAGGACAGUUCUGUUAAUGUUAUGGUCAUUGUGUGUUGGGAAUUACCAUUUUAAAAAUUCUAAAAUAAAGCAUCUGGACCACAA